UAUAAAACUUGCUUUCCACCGCCAUUCUUUUGUAUUAACUAAUCAGCAUUCAAUAACUAAAUAAAGAAUAAACAACAUUUUCGUUUAAUUUUAAUAAAUUCUUAAAUAAAUAAGUAAUCACGUUUAUUUUAAGUACAAACAUAUAAGAAUAUUAAAAUGAAAAUCGCUGUGGAAGGUUGUGCUCACGGUGAGUUGGAAAAGAUCUACGAUACCAUCGAGAGUAUACAAAAGGCGGAAAAGAUUAAAAUCGAUUUGUUGUUGUGUUGUGGUGAUUUCCAAUCAACAAGAAAUCUCGAAGACCUCGAGACCAUGGCAGUUCCAAAAAAGUACAUGGACAUUUGUACUUUCUAUAAGUAUUAUAGUGGAGAAAAAAUUGCGCCAGUUUUAACUAUCUUCAUUGGUGGAAACCACGAAGCAUCUAACUAUCUGCAAGAACUACCCUACGGUGGAUGGGUUGCGCCCAACAUCUAUUACAUGGGCUACGCUGGAGUUGUGAAGGUCAAUGGCAUCCGGAUAGCUGGUCUUUCGGGGAUUUACAAGAGUCACGACUUCUUCCGAGGCCGCCAUGAAUUCUCGCCGUACUCAGAGGCCACCAAAAAGAGUGUCUAUCAUGUGCGCCAGCUCGACGUCUUCAGACUGAAACAACUAUCAGGGACCAUAGACAUCUGCAUGUCCCACGACUGGCCGAAGGGAAUCUACAAUUAUGGCAACAAGGCCCAGCUGGUUCGGUUUAAACCGCAUUUCAAGGAUGAAAUCGAAACGGAGCGCCUAGGAAGUCGUCCCUGUGAGGAUCUGCUGAACAUUCUGCAGCCUUCUCUGUGGUUUGCCGCCCAUUUGCACUGCAAAUUCGCCGCUCUCGUCCCGCACGAAGAAACCGGCCGUGUGACGAAGUUCUUGGCACUGGACAAAUGUCUGCCUAAGCGUCGCUUUCUUCAGGUGCUGGAUAUUGACUCUGUUGAACACACUGACGACGGGGAAAUCAAGCUGGAGUACGACCUAGAAUGGCUGACCAUUCUCUUCCUCACGAACCACCUGAUCUCUGUCAAGAGCUCCCAUCACUACAUGCCCGGACCCAACGGCUCCGAGCGCUAUAUUUUCACACCCACCGACGAGGAGAAGGAACACGUCCACAAGAAACUCGGCUAUGACCUCAAGAUCCCAGAGAACUUCUGCCGCACAGUGGAGGCCUUCAAUCCCAACGACAUCAACACAAAUCCCCAGCAGCCCAAAUCCCAGAUCAACCCACAGAGUCUUCAGUUUUGCGACAAUCUGGGAAUCGAUGAUCCCCUCUCGAUGGCCAUGAUUGUUGGCGGCCACGAACUGAGCCACUCCAGCACCCUCGAUGGCAGUGACUUGAAUGACUCGGGUCAAUUCGAUCAGUCUAAUGCCGAUAUGAACUCCUCCUGCGACACAAUAAGCCCACUGAAGCGCAAGAGCAAUCUGUGCCUGCCGAAACCGGUCGGCGACUUGCCGGCAGAGGCAAGCCUGACAGCUGAACAACGAGACAGUGAGGAAAUGACCGACAUCAGCCCAGCAUUUAUAUCACUGACAGACGACCAGUGUGUCCCAGUCAUAGAAGAAAUCCCCAAUCUAAACGCCAAGCCACCGAUGAAGAAGUUCAAGCGAAGAAACGAGGACAUUUACAAGACAGAAGAGGACGAAGAGGAGCUGUAAUGCUGCAACAGGCAAAAAGUGUGUAGUGUUGUAAAUAGAAGCGACAUGUUUCUUAGACUUUCAAUAAACUUUUUGGUUUUUUUUAUUUUACAAAACAAA